AUGGCUCCUCCUCCAGCUCCGGGCGUAUGGUGCCCCGCAGUAACCUUCUACACUCCCGAAAGCGACACGGCAACCUUGGAUCUCGCCGCACAGAAACAGUAUUUCCAAUACCUCUCCAAAUCGGGUCUUACUGGUUUAGUCGUUCUUGGCUCUAACGCUGAGGCAUUUCUCCUCACUCGCGAUGAGAAGAGAGCGUUGAUGAAAUGUGCUCGUGAGGCCGUCGGCCCCGACUACCCUCUGAUGGUCGGCAUCUCAGGCUUCUCUGUACCUCAAGUCAUGGAGAACAUUAGCGACGCAAUUGAGGCUGGAGCCAAUCAUGGACUUUUGCUACCAGCGGCGUACUAUGGGCCAGCAGCUUCUAAAGAAGUUGUCAUGGCUUUCUACGAUGAGGUUGCGCAGAAAUCCGAGUUGCCUAUCGUCAUCUACAACUUCCCGGGUAUCUGCAAUGGGGUGGACCUUGAUUCUGUCACGAUCGCCGCGCUCGCAAAACGGAACCCUGGCAAGAUUGUCGGCGUAAAGUUGACGUGUGGCAGCGUCGCGAAGAUAACCAGGCUAUGUGCUGAGCUGCCAAGCGAUACCUUCUCUACGUAUGCAGGCCAAGCGGAUUGGUUGGUUGCUGGCCUCGCAGUUGGAAGUGCAGGAUGUGUGUCAGCAUUCAGUAACGUCUUCCCGAAGGUUUGCUCAAAGGUCUACGAGUGGUAUACUACUGGGAAGACUCAAGAAGCCUUGGAGCUUCACCGCAAGGCGGCGCUCGCGGAGAGCCCGAUCAAGGCUGGAAUCGCUCCCACGAAGCAUGCUGUUAGUCAAUACAGUGCGAAAGCUGCUGGCAUCGAGGGCGCCGAGGGGAAGCUCAAUCCAAGGCGACCGUACUUGCCAGUUGGCGACGCAAUCAAGACGAGCGUAAAGAGUGCCAUGGAAGAGCUUGCUACGAUAGAGAGCAUCUUGUAG